AUGCGUUUGCAGGCGCCCUGCGGCUCUCAGUCCGGCUCGCGCUUUUGGAAUAACAGUAAUAAAAUUAAAAAAUAUAGCGGAAAAAAGCGCCGCGGAGCCCUGCACUGGUCCCUGCCGCUGGGGUGGGGGAGGGCGCGCAGGGAGAACUCAGUGUCUCAGCCCGCGACGAGCCCCGGCCCCAGCGCUCCGGGGGUGCGACCUUGUUGCUGCGAUUUUCCUAAAUCCUCCCCCGGCCGCGCUCGGCGCCCCUCUCCCUCCCUCGUUCCCUCCCUCCCUCUCCGCCCGCUCGCCCCCGGCCGUCUCUGUCCCUUGGUCGCCCCGCCGCUGCCCGGGGAGGGCGACGAGUCCCUGUUUAGGCUGGCCGCGGGGGCCGGGGGGCGGCCGGCCGGGCGCGGUGCGGGUGCGGAGCUGGAGCUCGGCUGGCGGGCGGGUGUACUCCCCGCGGCCGGCCGCGCUCGCUGCCGCCUUCCCCUGCACGCACGCACUUCGCGGAGCAAGAGGACCACUAAGAAGGUCUAUUCACAAGCCCCUGCCUGGUUUGGAGCAGCUGCUGGCGAGUUGAGGAGCCCUGGUCUGAUCCUGAACCACUCCCAUGAAAAUAGUUCAAGUUCAUUCUCAGAGCUGUUGUCAAAACAGCAGCACCCUUGAAACCACUGCCUUCCAUGCUUGCAUCGGAUGAAAAAUA